CCCGAACAUGUACGUGUUAUGCACAGAGCGUCGGCCCCAGGUCGUAAUUCAGCACGGUUUAACUUCGCCAUAAAAUCAGUGAUACAUUGCCGACUAUAUAGUUGGCUCCAGAAACACUCAUAGUGAGGACUUUGUGAUGUACAGAAGUAUCUACGUAAAAAUACUUGUAUAUCACUAUGGAGGAUAUUAAAGAUCAACUACGAGACGGCGUCCAGAACGUUAAGGAAAUGCUCGGACCAAUGCAGAAACACGUCACACCAACUUCCGCUUUAGUGGGACUCGGGGCUGGUCUAACUGUGUAUUGGCUGAUCAAACGGAACAAAUACAAACUUCCACCAGGACCUACCCCCAUACCACUCGUCGGAAAUUACAGUCUGCUAAAUGCAAGAGAUUUCCAGGACCAGUGUGUAGAGCUGUCAAAGAAAUACGGACCAGUCAUCACUAUAUAUAUGAGUACGAUACCAGUGGUAGUUUUAAACACAAUUGAAGCCGUGACGGAAGCGCUCGUCAAAAGUAAGGCGGACUUUGCUGAUCGUCCAGAGUUUACGUCAGCACUCGCAUUUUCGGAUGGAGGGAAGGACAUCGCCAUGGCCCAAUAUACUCCUACAUGGAAACUGCACCGUAAGAUUGCUGGUUCCGCUCUGAGAACCUACUUAAAAGGAAGCAGAGUGGACGACUCUAUACACGGGUCUUUGGCCCAGGUUAUCGAGUUAUUCGAGAUAAAGAAAGAUGAGCCUUUCGUUCCUCACACCUAUAUAGACUUGGCUGUAAUGAAUGUUAUCUGCGGACUUUGCUUCCAAAAAGUGUACAAGUUUGACGACCCUAAAUUCAAGCGCAUAGUGGAUCUUGAAAAUGACCUUAUAGACAAUUUUGGAUCAGGUUUUCUUGAAGAUCUGAUCCCCGUUUUGGCGAAAAUCUGGCCAAGCUCGCGAUACAAAAAAGCUCUGGCAAUGGCUGAUGAUCUCUUUCAAAUCCUUCUGGACGAGCUGCUGGAUCACCAAAAAUCUUUCGACAAAGAUAACAUAAGAGACUUUACUGAUGCGCUGAUUUUGGCGCGAAUGGAGGCAGAAAAUGAAGAGGAUGCUGAGCUACUGAGUCAACUGACUGAUGUUCAUCUGAAACAGACACUGAGUGAUAUCUUCUUCGCUGGAUUAGAUACCACACGUUUCACAAUACAGUGGUUCAUGCUGUACAUCGCUGCGAAUCCAGAAAUACAGAAGAAAGCACAGAUGGAAAUUGACCAAGCCGUCGGCCGUGACCGCCUACCUGGACUAGAAGAUCGACCUUCAAUGCCCUACACAGAGGCCGUUCUGCACGAAGUUAUGCGGAUGGGCACUGUUUCUCCUGUGGGGGUGCCACAUGCCGCCAGAAACGACACAAAAUUAUGUGGCUACGACAUACCAAAAGGAACUACUGUUAUGAUAAAUCAUUGGGCAUUGCAUUUUGAUGCACGACACUGGAAAGAUCCCAAGAAGUUUGAUCCGGAAAGGUAUUUGGACUCUGAUGGAAAUCUUGGACCAAAACCAGUAAGCUGGCUUCCAUUUUCUGCCGGUAGAAGAGUGUGUCUAGGAGAAUCCGUCGCAAAAGCUGAACUUCAUCUGAUCUGUGCAAUUUUUCUACACCAAUUCGACUUCAUGAUUCCACCUGGCGAGACUGCCGAUUUUACCCCAGAUAUCAGCGGUAUUGCCGGGUAUACUGCAGGGAAAUACAAAAUUGUUGUCAAAAAGAGGUAUUAAUAGAACUAUGGUGAAUACGC